UGUCCUAAUUCCGUCGCGUGCCUCUCCUUGCACGUUAUCACGUUCAGCCCACCCUCCCCGUUGUACAGCAAAAAAAUUAUACAGUCAUCGCCGCCCCCCUUCGCCUUCACCUCCCCUCAGUUCCCCCCCUUUGUAAAUAUCUACUACCGCCUUCCUUCUCCACAUGCAGCAUCGGAGUCCUGGGCCCCGGCGCACCGGCUCCAGCCAUGUCGGCGAGGAAUGCAGCGGCUGGCGGCGGUGACGGAACGACGGGGGACAAGACGGGAGAUGGUUUAGAGGAAGGGCCCCAGGGUCUCUCUGUCUCUCUGUCUGGUUUGAUGACCCCCACCUCAGCCGCUGGCAUGGCCUCAGGCAUGGAGCUGCCCAGGAAGAGGAAGGGCAGCAUGGACAACCCAUGCAUCGGGAAGGGAAGUGCAUGGGAGACAAAAUCUGCAUUGAAUCUAGAUGAGGAUAUGGAGGACGAGCAGGGCAGAUCAGAAGAUGACCAGCACCUAAAAAUUAAAUGUAUCAGGGAACCUCAUAGUCAAAUUGAAAAACGGCGACGAGAUAAGAUGAACAACCUGAUUGACGAGUUGGCAGCGAUGAUUCCCACGUGUAACCCCAUGUCUCGCAAGCUCGACAAACUCACUGUGUUACGAAUGGCUGUUCAACACCUUAAAUCUCUUAAAGGGGCGACCAGCUCCUUUGCAGAAGCAAAUUACAAACCUGCAUUCCUACCAGAUGAUGAGCUUAAACACCUUGUUCUAAAGGCUGCAGACGGAUUUCUCUUUGUCGUUGGCUGUGACCGUGGAAAAAUAGUAUUCGUCUCCGAGUCGGUUUCUAAAAUCCUCAACUACAGUCGGACGGAGUUGAUCGGACAGAGCCUGUUUGAUUACGUUCACCCCAAGGAUAUUGGUAAAGUGAAGGAACAGCUGUCUGCAUCUGAGCUCUACCCACGGGAACGCCUCAUAGAUGCCAAAACGGGGUUGCAGGUCCAAGCUGAGCUUCCUGUCGGAGUUGCUCGGCUCUGCUCCGGGGCCCGGCGCUCCUUCUUUUGUCGUAUGAAGUACAACAAAGUUACUGUCAAGGAAGAGAAGGGCUUUCAGGCCGCUGCCUCUAAAAAGAAAGAGUCGCAGCGGUACUGCACUGUUCACUGCACGGGUUACAUGCGUACCUGGCCCACGAGGCAGCUGGGCACAGAGGGAGAGGGAGAGGCAGACAAAGACAGCUCCCAUUUUAGCUGCUUGGUAGCGGUCGGUCGCGUGCAUCACCACACCCUUCCUCAAGCCAAUGGUGAGAUCAAAGUCAAGCCAACCGAAUUUGUCACCCGCUAUGCCAUGGAUGGCAAAUUCACCUUUGUGGAUCAACGAGCCACCACCAUUCUGGGUUACCUGCCCCAGGAGCUGCUAGGCACAUCAUGCUAUGAAUACUUCCAUCAGGACGACCUGCCACAUUUGGCAGAUAGACAUAGAAAAGAAAGUCAUAUGGGUUUGGAACGACUCGAGGUGCUGAGGAGUAAAGAGAAGAUCGAGACAAAUUGCUAUAAGUUCAAAACGAAAUAUGGCUCUUUUGUCACCUUACAAAGUCAGUGGUUUAGUUUUAUAAAUCCCUGGACCAAAGAAGUAGAAUACAUAGUGUCAACCAAUACGGUUAUAUUCGGUAAAAGUAAUCCAGAUGGAUCAGGGGAUAAAGCGGAGCAACCUAGCAGUUCUAAGGCCUCAGAAGAUGAUGCCAAGAAGUCCCAGCAAGUUCCAAUUAUCCCGGGCAUCUCUAGUGCAUCAGGCACCAUGAUUUAUGCUGGCAGCAUAGGGACCCAAAUCGCUAAUGAGAUAAUGGACUACAAUAGGAUGAACUCCUCACCAUCCAGUGGCAACACAAGUCCAUUCAGUUUACCACAGGACAAGUCUCCACUGGCACAGACCAGCAGUAAUGUGCCAAAUGGGGAAGUAACAGACAUGGAGAUACCUGGAAAGUCGGGCUCAGAAGAGGAAGCUCGGGGUGGGGCCUUUACAGCAGGCGAACAUCUGAUGGAAGCAAGUUCUCAAUUGGAUCUGGAGGGCGUUCCAGGGUUGAGCGCUCUGAGCACUGAUGAGGCAGCCAUGGCAGUCAUUAUGAGCUUGCUAGAGACUGAUGCCAACCUCGGUGAGGCUGUGGACUUUGAUGAGAUGCACUGGUCUCUCUGAUCACAAGGCUCCAAAUCCUCUUCAUUUUUUCAUCUGGAGAUUAAAAAAAACAUCCGUUACCUUUCACUGGGCAGCAAGCCUUUGACAGUUCUAUGUUUUUAAUUUAUUAGGAUUUUUUAAUAAGUUGGAUAAGCUGCAUGGCGGAUCAUUUAGUGGCUAACCUUUGGAGAUCAAAAGGUAAAGGAGAUCAGGAGACAUGAACAGAAAUUUACCUUAAGCUGAAUACCUUAAGCAACAUGACCAUUUUUUUGGUCUGAUGUGCAGUUUCUUCAUCUAAGCUCUGGGGUCACUGCCCCUAGGUGCGGAUCGGACGGAGCGAGAUUCUUGGAUCGUUUUGAAAAACGCUUGCCUUUGCCAAGCCAUAAGGCAAGAACCAUCCAGUCAAUCAACACUUGAACUAUGUAUGGAUGCUUUGCCGCAAAGCUGGACUGAAUUUUUUAUUAAAUAACUUAAUGGGAUUUCUUUGAAAGGAGAAUCCUGGUUUUAAAGCAUAAUGCAUUUUGAAUUCAAUGUGUAAAAAUUAAAAAUGUGGGGUUUGGGGGCGUGGUCAAUAUUUUUGAGCGCUUGUCAAAAAGAAGUACUUGAAAGACUGUGGAAACUUUGGAAAAUUAAGGAUCACCGUUAGGCCUGACAGUUUUUCUCUCUCUGGUCUACAAUCUGUGUGUGAAUCUGUGCUUUUCCCUUAGAUUGCCCUGCUGCUUUUAAAUGGUGUGAUAAAGUCGUGUCAAUCUGCUGUUCGAAGGAAUGUUUGGAAGAGAAGGUCAUAGAAAGUAUCUAUGAAUAAGGGCAGGGUAUCUCAGGGAACUAUACUUUGUGGAAUUAAAACCCUUCUUGAAAUCAAUUAUUAGAUAUUAAGCCAAGAACCAAUUUUUUUUAACACUUAAGCUAGGAGUAUAGUCCCGUUUUUACGCAUAUGCAAGGGUCUGCGUACAGUACUGCACAUACUUUAAGCAUAGGUCGUGCAUGCAUAAAAAGAAGAAUGUAGUAUGGAGACAGAAAUACAUUGGACGUUUUUGCAAUGCAUAUUGUCUCUACACGUACAUCAAAUAAGCUAUACUUUGCAAGGCUGUGCGUGCACACGUAAAAAAGCAGACUAUACUCCAGGCUUUAUAGCUCUGAUAGAGUUAAGGUGGUGUUUAUGACUUGAUCAGGGGUAAAUUCAUUUAUCGGUUUGUGUUUAGUGAGAGUUGUCCAUAUUUUGAAAUUAUGUCUCGUAUUCCUAUUUUAUAUUUGGGAAUUACUAAUUUUGGGAAUGGCUCAACUGACCUUUAAAAUACUAACGUGAGCACCUUUGUUUAAAUAUGAGUGAUAGGGAAGCAAAAAAAUUGGUGGUGUUUUUUUUUUUUAGAGGUAAUCUUAGUAUUUUGUUUUGUUUGCUUGCUUGUUUGUUUGUUGAACAAGGCUCAUUUUUACACAACAACAGCAACUUGUAUGCUAUAUUACAAAUCUUGAAAAUCCCUCCCCUGUUGCUCUCAAAAUCCAUUCGGACAUUUGUAUUAACUUUGUGCUUGCUACCAUUUUGGUGUCCUCUUUGGAGUUUCAUAGCUUCGGGUUCAUCUAUGCUUUUUGCUGUAGUGAAAAUUAACUUUAUAUCCAACAUUUAGGUUCUACAAAAGAAAGAAUUUUCAUUUUUGUAUU